UGCCAGCUCGCCGGUCAUGAUGGGCACCAAAAGGAAUCGUGUGCUACGAGGCAGCCAAGGGUGAAGCGCGACAGCGACAGUCUCUCCUCGACCAACCAGAUAUCGCCGGACACGGCCGCCACAACGCUGGACUUUGAUCCUUUCAAUGCCGCUGGUGUCACAAGCGCCACAGCCAGGGAUUAUUCGACAACGGGCGCACAUCAUCUGCACCAUCAACAUCCGCAUCAGCACCAGCAGCAGCAGCAGCAGCAGCAUCAUCACCAGCAGCCGCCACCGCAUCACCACCAUCACCUGCUGACGGUGCCAACUCGAAGCGAGCGGCAUGCCUCUGAGCCGGCACCUAGUCUUGGUCCCUCCACACCGCACCUGCUCAGCGUGCCGUCCAGUACACCAUAUCUCAUAAAGCAGCACUCGGAUCCGCUCCUGCCGCGUCAGUCCGCACUGCACUCGGCCUCCGGCAGUUUGGCCGGCGGCACCAAUCCGUUCGCUCCCUUGCACCGCCAAUACUCGCAUCCGCUGUCCGGCAGCAAUGCCGGCUAUGUGCCGCCAGCACCGCUUCACCAUCCGCAUCAUAUUUCGCUGCCCGAGUCUAUCUACGCUUCGGGCUCACCGCCGCCGGCCGGCUCUUCGCAGUACAUGGUACCCACGCGUGUCGUGGCCUGUCCGGUGUCCAGUGAGACGGCAGCCACACCCUCAAUUGCAAGCUCCAAUGCUACGUCGGCGACGGUGGGCGCCGUUUCCGUGGUCACCUCGCCGACAACCGCUAGCCUCAACAGCAGCCGGCAUUCGUUUUCGCCCACAUAUGCGGGCAGCAGCUCGGAGACGGCUCCGCCAGAGCGACGCUCACCACACUCCCACUCGCCCACUGUCACCCAUUCGCACUCGCUCGUGGAGCGGACAUCGAAGGGCAGCGAUGCUGCCAACGGAUCUGGCGUUACGAAGCUGCGCAAUUCCAAGUCUGUGACGGGGACGGGAUCGAGCUCCCACCUACAUCCCGGUCAGACGGCGAUGAGCAGCUCGUUUGAGCACUUGCCCACGCUGCGGGUCAAGAACGAGGAACUACAGCGUUCGGUGUCUUCACCGCAGACCCAAAGGGAAAUAAUCACCCUGGAAAAUCCGCGUUCUAGUCAUUGCCCCGUCAUCCGGCCGGGCCCGGCAUUGGGGUGUAACUUCUGUUGGAACACCAUCGAUGGGCAUGGCCGUAUUUUGCGACGCAAAACGAAAUACCAUUGCCCCGAGUGUCAGACGAAUUUAUGCAUUGUGCCCUGCUUCCAGGAGUAUCACGAGCGGCUCAACAACGAAGCCGCCACCGUGGGGGCCAGCAACAGCAGUGGCCACGAUAAUCAGGUACACAGCAGCAGCACCGGCAGCAGCAGUGGCAGCGUCAAAGCCGCCUCUUAUGUAUCCGCCAGCAGCACCAGCAGCGGCAGUGGCAGCGGGACAGGCACAGGCGCGGCUCGGCAUUACACCAAAACCGAAUCGAUAUAAUCUGCGCCAGGGGUAGCAGCAAUUGUUGGCCCGCGUAUUUGUAUUUGUGGCACGACGGCCGUCACCCGAUCAUGGGCUACAUAUCGCAUGUACCCAGACAUCGGAUCAUCUAGGAGCCGUCGGUCAAUUUGUUUUUCUUUGUAAGCAGGAUGCUAGUUGUUCCGGCCGCACAGGCAUAUCGGGGGACACAGACACAUCCUGCACCGAAAAUUUUCAUUUGUUGAGGCAGUGGCCCCGGAACCGAGGCACACCACAAAAAACCGAGGUGUAUCCGGUGUCCGGAGCACAUGGACUGCCCGAGAGCGCCCGCGAGCGCGUCCAGAAAUUUGUUUUUGUAAGCCAUGCGAAACGCAUGCGCAGACGUUGUGUGUAACUCGUAAGUAAAACGAAAAGAAAACUUUUGUAGCAAAUGGCCGGAAAUUGUAGAACAGACGGACCGAUCGCUAACCUUUUUUAAACAAUCUGCUAACUGUAAAACUAUAUAUAUAAAUGUGUGUGUACCUAUUAUGUUUAUGUGUAUGUUAUUGUACAAACAAAUACAACAAACAAAAAAAGAAAGAGAAAACAACAAAAAUACAUUAACUAAAAUAAAACCAAACUAAACGCUGUCAGCGGUGGUGUCUGUCAGCCGCAACGACUUCUAAGAACUCGAAAUUAACGAUUAGGUUUUCAAAAUACAAGUACAACAACUCCUACUACCCUACACCCCCCAAUAAGAGCCACAGCCACAAUACCAUUGUGUCUAUAUGGUCUAUACUUAAGUACGUCUCUGCUCCCUUUCCCCUUCAUCAGAUAUAUUGGAUGAUUAUGCCCUGGGCACCGCUGCGCAGGCGCACGUUUGUCUACGAGUAUAUAAGGAUGUAUGUAUGUAUGCCCAUUUCUCCUACACCCGACUCUAACCUACCCUACCCAGACGACACGACACUGUUUUACUAAAUGUUUUAUAUAAAUAUAUAUAUGUAUGUAUAUGUACGUGUAGGCGAUCCUGGAUCCUCUUUGUGUGUGUG